AUGGCCCUCCCCGAACACGCUCUCUACUGCUUCGAAGCGAUCAACGCCGAGCUGGGUCGAAGCAAGGUUCCUCCAGCGCCGUUCGACGACUCGGAAGAGUUCCCGCUGUUCGUGACGUGGAACAUUCAUUCGCGGAACGGAGGAGAACCGAGGCUGCGAGGGUGCAUCGGGAAUUUUGAGGCGUUGCCGCUGGGAGAGGGGUUGGCGGAUUAUGCGAAGAUUAGCGCCUUCCAGGAUCACCGAUUCGACCCUGUUUCGGCGAAGGAGCUGCCACGGCUAGAAUGCGGCGUCUCGCUCCUGACAGACUUCGAGACGUGCGACGACUACCUCGACUGGGAACUCGGCACGCACGGCAUCUACGUCGAGUUUGUCAACCCCGCGCUCAACCUCCCUCCUACGAACGGGUACUCGACGCAUCUCCCACCCGGCACCUCGCCCACACAACAGUCCUACCGCUCUCUCUCGCAUCUGCCCAAACUCGAAGUCCACGUUCCGCGCUCGCAAAACCCUCGAAACCUCAAGGUCGUCCUGCACGCGACGUUCCUGCCCGACGUUGCGCCUGCGCAGGGAUGGAGCAAGGUUGAUGCGGUGGAUGCGGCGAUGCGCAAGGCUGGGUUUAAGGGGACUGUGACGGAGGAGAUGCGCAGGGCGGCGAGGGUCAGUCGGUACCAGAGCAAGAAGUGCAAGGUGUCGUAUGAGGAGUGGCAGGCGUGGCGCAAGGAGCGGGGGUACGCUUGA